CGGCAACGGCGGCGCGCGCUGAACUUUGGGGCUGCCCACGCGCUGCCUGUCUCCCUGACAACGUCCUUCUCUCUUUUAAAACUUCGCCUGUUCGCGUGUGACGUCACAUGUAAUCCGCCCGUCUGUCUCCUCGACGUCAUUACUGCAGAUCAUCAUCAUCAUCAUCAUCAUCAUUAUUAUUAUUAUUUAUUUUUCUACCGCCGCUGUGAAAGCCGGAAGCGCGGCGGGCUAGUAUCGCGAGAGGUGAGCUGGAAGUAAAGAGACUUCCGCGGCGGCGACGCACCUGCGCAGGUAAACAAGCGGAGGAAGAGAAGAAAGAAAGAAAGAAAGAAAGAAAGAAAAUGAGUAACCCAAUCCCAUCCAACCUCAAGUCUGAGGCCAAGAAAGCUGCCAAGAUCCUGACGGACUUCACCGAGAUCUCCAGCAGGAACGGACCGGACAAACUCAUCCCCCCUCAUGUCAUAGCGAAGGCUGAAGGUCUCGCCAUCAUCUCUGUCAUCAAGGCAGGUUUCGUGAUCACGGCCAGAGGAGGCAGCGGCAUCGUCAUCGCCAGGCUCGCCGACAGACGUUGGUCCGCCCCCUCUGCCAUCGGCCUCGCCGGGCUUGGAGGAGGCUUUGAGAUCGGAGUGGAGGUGUCAGACCUGGUAUUCAUCCUGAACCAGCGCAGAGCCAUCGAAGCCUUUACCAAGGGCGGGAAUCUGACGCUGGGCGGGAACUGCACUAUCGCCGUGGGACCAGUGGGCAGGAACGUGGAAGCAGACGUGGCGCUGCGCAGCACCGCAGCAGUAUUCGUCUACUGCAGAUCCAGAGGUUUGUUCGCUGGUAUUUCCCUGGAGGGAUCGUGCCUGAUCGAACGCAAGGAAACCAACCGCAAGUUCUACUCCCGCGACAUCCGAGCUUCAGCCAUUUUGAACGGCGACGUGGAGCCUCCGUCUGAGUGCUACGAUCUUUACCACAUCCUGGACGCUUACUCCGAGGCCUACACCACAGACUGGACCAGCAAGAACAUGCGAUCAGUGUCGUCUGUUGCUCCGUCCAGACCUCCAGCUCCAGCUCAGCCGAAACCGCCGAGCAGCUACAAACAACGGCCGAGCAGCUACCAGCAACCGCCGAGCAACUACCAACAACCGCCGAGCAACUACCAACAACCGCCGAGCAGCUACCAACAACCGCCGAGCAACUACCAACAACCGCCGAGCAACUACCAACAACCGCCGAGCAGCUACCAACAACCGCCGAGCAACUACCAACAACCGCCAGCCAGCUCAGGUGCUCGACCAGGAAGUAAGAACGCUCUGUAUCCGAGUAUCUCUGUCUAUAAAUCUGAAACCUCAGAUAAAUUUGCCUCGAGGAGUCAGAGCGUUGGCGGGGCACUGCCGUCAGAUGCAGCCGGCCCUCAACUGGUCGUCACGGCGACGCACCCGUUCACCGGGCAGCAGCCGGGCGACCUGAGCUUCAGCCCCGGCGACCGCAUCACCGUCGUCACCAAGACCGACUCCGAGUACGACUGGUGGGAGGGGCAACUGGAUGACGGGCGGGUCGGGAUCUUCCCCGCUAACUUUGUUACAUACUGAGGCUCCUCCUCCGCCCGCUGGUGUGUUGGAGCUACAACACUGGGGCCGGUUACAGCAGUUAGGGUCAAGAGACGUUUACAGGUCACACUUUAAAGAUGAAAUCAUUAAUAACAACUUCAUCACAAAAAUGUUCGAUUUUUAAUUCUUUACAUUCAAACACAAACAUGAAUUCAUUAUUCACACAUUCAUGUUCUGUCACUUUAGAACUACAUUUGAAAUAUAAACCUACAUUAAAAAAUACAUUUAAUCUGGAAUAUAUUUAAUCUGACAUGUGUUACUACAGCGUCACAUGACCAAAGGUCAGCUGACUUUAUCAGGGGUUUUCUUCUUUUUUUUGCUUUGCAUAAAAUAAAUAAAUUCUAUUUAUCAAACA